AUUCAUUAUUCAAACUUCAAACACCUCCCUUCCUCCUCUUCCUCUUCACACAACAGUAGACUCAUAUAAUUACAAAUUACAAAUACACACAUUUGUAUUUCUGGUCCCCUCUCUCUCUCUCUCUCUCUCCCUCUCUCCCCAUCUCUCUCUCUCUGAAUGCUAGUUUGGUCCCCUCCCCAUCUCUCUCUCUCUCUCCCGCUCUGAAUGCUUGUUUGGUCCCCUACACGACAUUUUUAUUUACGCACAAAAACACGCUACAGAUAUAUAUCAACUGGUCCCCUGCUCUCCUGUCCACUCAUUCGUCUUAUAUCUCUAUAUGCUUUUGCUUUGUUUCGCUUCAACACGACUGUGAUCGCUUCGCUGCUAAACGAUGUCGUUUUCGAAUCAACAAUACUCCGACCACAACGUCGACGGGAGCUACGUCAUGUCGCCGUCGGCGCCCGGGAGAUCCCAGCCUCCGACGUGGCUCAACACCGCCAUUUCGCGUAACCACUACAGAGACAACGCCAAUUUUCUCAAUCUUCAGACCACGCCGAACUCCGGCGACGCCACUCAGCCGACGUGGCUGGCCAGGCCGGAGAUGAACGACGACGUGGAGGCGAUUAUGGCGCCGGAAUCGCCGGAUUUGAGUGGGGAGUGGCAGAGUGGUAAGUGGAAAGCUGAGGUGUUGGCGCAUCCGUUGUAUGAGCAGCUCUUGGCGGCGCAUGUGGCGUGUUUGCGAAUUGCGACGCCGGUGGAUCAGUUGCCGAGGAUUAAUGCGCAGCUCACGCAGUCGCAACAGGUGGUGGCCAAGUAUUCAGCUCUCGCAAAUGCCGCUGCUGUUGAUGACAAGGACCUUGAUCAGUUUAUGACGCAUUAUGUUCUCUUGCUUUGUUCUUUUAAAGAACAACUACAACAACAUGUUCGUGUGCAUGCAAUGGAGGCAGUUAUGGCAUGUUGGGAGAUUGAGCAAUCCUUACAAAGCUUAACAGGAGUUUCUCCAGGAGAAGGCACUGGUGCAACAAUGUCAGAUGAUGAGGAGGACCAGAUCGAUAGUGAUGCCAACUUAUUUGAUGCAAGUAUGGAAGGAGGUGACAGCAUGGGAUUUGGGCCGCUUGUUCCAACUGAGAGCGAGAGGUCUUUGAUGGAGCGUGUGAGACAAGAGCUGAAGCAUGAGCUGAAACAGGGUUACAAAGAAAAAAUUGUGGACAUUAGGGAGGAGAUAUUACGCAAGAGGAGGGCCGGAAAACUCCCAGGUGACACCACAUCUGUCUUGAAAGCUUGGUGGCAAUCACAUUCCAAGUGGCCAUACCCUACAGAAGAAGACAAGGCAAGGCUGGUACAGGAAACAGGAUUGCAGUUAAAGCAGAUAAACAAUUGGUUCAUCAACCAGAGAAAGAGAAACUGGCAUAGCAAUCCUUCGUCUUCUACAGUCCUAAAAAGCAAAAGAAAAAGCAAUGCAGGUGAAAAAUCUGGUGAUCGUCUUAUGUAAACCAAGGAGUAAUUUGGAGGAAGGAGAUUAGCACAUGCUCCUUGGCCUUUAGUGUCCGCCUCUUCAGAAUUUCAAAAAUCUCACUAAAACAUUACAUAAGCAACUUUGUUGCAUAGUAUUGCACGUAAUACUGGCAUAGCAAAACUUUGAAUGUCCGGCUCCUUGAGGAAGAUGAAGAACUUUUGUUUUCACAUAUAUGCACAAAGGAGUCGAACCAAGAAGGUGUCUAUUAUGGCCUGUGAUCAAGGCACUGGUAUUUCUUGAUAUUUGGAAGAAACAUCAUUUCAUAGAGACUCUUCCUGUUGUAGUGUGAAUAACUAAAUAUGAUAGUUAAUAGGGCGAGUACAAUGUAUCAGCUAUAGUGGCCCUUUAAACUAUAAUAGUUGAUGGUUAUAACUUAUAUAUACUUCCUCCUUUCCCGUUUUUGUUGUAGUUUUGUAAUGUCAACUUGUUUAUAAAUAGUUUCCUAAACGAUAUUAUUACAACCAUAUUACAAUAUUUAUAUGUUA